CCAAACCAAAAUCAUCAAAACAUGGGUCGAUAAACAGAACAAGAUCUAGUUUGAAUAAAAUUAUUGGAGUUAAGUAAUACAAUACAAAUCCUGGCGAAUGAACUGUUAAAAAGAACACAGGAAAAAUGGAAGAGUCGAUGAAGUCCAUUUUACACGAAUUGUAUGUUUAUUGUGAAUGGAAACCAGAACCUGAAUACAUUCAAAAACCAGAUGGUAUUUUGCCUGAAAACUUAUCGGCUUUGUGGAGAUGGUUAAAUUUUUUUGGACCAAAGAAAAGUUUGAUUGACAGCAUUUCUGCUCAUAUAGAUCGUCAGCAGAAGUGGCACAUAGCCCUUGGGGAUGAGGGAAAGGUGAUAGCCAUACUCACAGAUAACAUAUUAGAGAUUCGCACCAAAAGAUCAGAGUAUGCUACCAUAGCUGCUAGAACUACAGUGAACCGAGAUCCCUAUCCUCAAUGGCGUAAGUUAGUCUGGAGUCCAGACUGCCUGUUCUUAGUGCUGGCCUACGGGAAUGGAAUGAUCAGUUUCUUUGAUCUAUCUGCGACAGUUCUGUUUAAUAUACCUAUUGACUGCUCCAAGCCUGGUGGUUUAGAAUGCACAGAUAAUACUCACGCGGUUGUCGAUAUUAUAUUUACGCCGCUGCACGUCAGAGAUACCAAGUGGAACUGGGAGGUGAUAGUGGUGACGUACGACGGCAACAUCCGCGGGUACGUGGUGUCCCAGACGGAGGGCUGCAAGCUGCGGCACACGUUCCCCGCGCCGGGGGGCGCGUCCGCGGUCGCCUACUGCCCGCACUUCUCUAUGCUUCUGCACGCGGGCGUACCUAGGGCGGGCAAGGACUUGUCCUCUCCGCUUAGUUACGGGAUAACAGCCUGGAGGCUUCUCAACGACGACCCCUACUACAAGUUGUCUGUUGUCUCGGAUCAGUUCGAGGCGCAGCUGGCUAAGGAACCAUUCCAACUUUACAUUCCCUUUGUGACUAAUAAGAAUUUGGCGUACGUGGUGCGUAUAGUGAUAUCGCCGGACAGUAGCAAGAUGGUCUGUCUGCAUUGUAAUGGAGAUGUGUCAAUAUGGCGCCUGCCUUUGCUCAGCCUUUUGUACCGCCACCCGUUGAGCAGCCAGCCGCAACACGACCUCCUCAGCCCUUUGCACAAAGCGCCGCCUGCCGGGAAACUGCACGAGGCUAGUUUCUACGCCGCAGAUGUUAAUUGGUGGUCUAAUGAGGAGCUGAUAGUGUCUCGCUUCAGCGGCGCUGUGUCGAUAUGCAACAUAGCAGACAUGGUCAACAUACUCGGAAAGAAGCCGGAAUUCUUCCAGGGCGCUCCUAAGGUUACCCGAGCUCAGGACGGUGCGUUUAUGGCUUUGGAGUGUGAAUCGAAUGUUCUGCCCGCGAGGAAAUCUAGAAGUGAUGAGAGUUUGGAAGUAGUGAAAGUGGAGUCGGAGCAAGAGGAAUCCACUUACGAAGCGGUGAAGGAGCUCAUCAAAUGGGUGCUAUACGGCAUCACGGACAUGGAGACGUUCCAGCCUCGGCCCAAGACCAUCACCGUGAUGUCGCGGGUGUACCGGCUUCUGGCGCUGAAGAGCACCACUCCGGAGGAACUGUUUUCUAGAAAGAUCGAGAGCGGCAACUACACUGAAGCCCUAGCGUUGGCCGAGGCCUUCAAUCUGGAUAGUGACCUUGUCUACCAGCAACAAUGGAGGAGGACGCCGGUUUCGUCUGAAGCUAUCGAGAAAUACCUGAGCAAAGUAUCUCACAAGAUCUGGGCGGUGCAUCAGUGUGUGGACCGGCUCCCUGAAACUCUCCCAGCCGCCAAACAACUCCUGCAGUUUGGCCUAACUCUAACUAAUGAGAGAAUUUUAGAUGAGAUCAAUAAGGAUCGUGAUGAAAAUACCCUGAAAGAUCCAGACGACAUCACACUGGAGGAUCUGAACGCGUACACUAGUGAACUGCUGCGAUGUCGGCAUGUCAUGCUUUUCUAUAAGGAAAGACUUAGGUUGUAUGAGGCAAUCCUUAGAUGCGAGAAAUCGACAUACGUGAAAGACGAGUACGACCGCCUUCGCAGUAACAGCAUCGUCCACACUUCCAUGGAGAUCGCUAAAGAAGGUCGCAUAGAGGCAUUGACUUGUCUAUGGCCGAAUAUAAAAACUAUUCCCAUGCAGUUGGCAGUACUGGAGAAAUUGCCAGAAACAAUAAACCCGCUGGACUAUCAGCAUUUGCUGCCAACUAAACAGCCGCUGCAAUGGUUUGAAAAGAAAUCACCCAUAAAAAUAAAGCCGGCUGAACAUGAGAAUGAUUGGUGCAGAAAGGAGAUCUUUAGAUCCAUAUGGAACUCCAAUUGGUCCGAGGACACGACUCCAGAAACUGAGACAGCAUCAGAUAUGCCAGACGCCAGUGAAGAUUUCGCCAUUUGGUAUACGAAACGAGCCAAAGAAAUAGAACAAAGGAGUGGCUUAGCUUCGCAUGCUUUAACUCUGGUUACCAUAGCAACAGUGGGCGGGGCCGUACCAGGAUUGGAUACGCUGAUGUUCCAUCUGCUGACAUUGGACACACUUAUUUACGACAUCAACGUGGAAGGCGUGACCCUUGCAGAUAUAGAGUCCAUGUCUAUAUUGGAAACUUGCACCAUGUUGAUGAAAAUGUCAACGCCGGCAACAUUCGUAGCGGACCUCAAACAGUUCGUGAUCCCGUUCCUGAAACGCUACGAGAACCUCACCAAGCGGGCGGAGUCCUGCAUCAACGGCCUUACCGACUACCUCGAGAGCGUCAGUGUUGAUGAUCUCUCUUCUAUUUUGUUGGUACUCCAAUCGCCAAGUGAAUUUGAAUUGGACGUGCGAACUCAUCUAGAACUGGCUGAGCGAUGCCUGCUUGCGCACACCUCCACUGCGCAACUGUCGGCCGCUUGCGACCUUCUCGACACCAUUCUCAAGGAGACCGACGGCAGCAUAUCCAGCAGCGAGCUGGUGCGCCGCGUCGGGGAGCUGGAGCGGCUGGUGGCGGCGUGCGGGCGCCUGGCGCGCCGCGGGCUGCGAGUGCCGCUGGCCGCGCUGCGGGCCACCGCUCGGGAGCACCACGACGCCGCGCAGCUGCUGACCAGGCUCGCCAGGAGCCGGGCCAAGGGAGAUGAAAAACCUACACCACAAGACUGGGCCGAGCUGCUCAAAGAUAUUCUUGAAUUACAAUCGACACUGUUAACUUGCGUCACUAAAGAAGAAUGUUAUGAGAUCUACGCGUCAUCCCUGCUGACAUCGGGCGAUGCGAACAGUAUUCGUUUAGCUGCCGAUGUUCUCACGUGUAGUACUGAUAACCGCGAGCCGAGGCGCAACGGCCCACAAGUCCCUUACGAGCGGAGCGUACAACUCGCGACAGCUGCUUCCAAGGAAUACUUCAAUUCUGCGUCUUCACUGUCCGACCCGGCCCUGGAACUCGCCAAAUGCUGUUUGUCGCUCAUAAAAGACGGGAAUGCGGAAAUAGAAGAAGAAUUGGAUCUCAUUGCGGCGUUACAAAUAUUGAACUCCUUCGAAUUGACCCUACUCCCUAUUCAAGUCCGUCUGUGCGAAGACAGAAUGAGUUUGAUAGAAGACUGUCUCAAGGCGGACUCGAACGCGUACCUCGCCAGUCACAAACUUUUGAAAUUGGCAAAGUUGCUGAAAAUCGCCGGCGAUGAUGAACAAACUCGCGAGGGCCAAGUGCUGGUGCUGGUCGGGGAGUACGCGCUGCAGGCGGGGCGCGCGGGGCGGGGCGCGGCCGCCGACGCCGCGCACCGGCUGGCCGCGCUGCGGUACGCGCCCGCCGCCGACCUCAUGGCCAGGGUCGCCGCCAGGGGCGGCACAGAUCGCGCCUCAAUCAGGAAGCUGCUGGCCGCGUCGGCUGCGCACGCGCCACCUGAAGCUAUCGAGUUUGUGCUGCGCGGCAGGUUGGAACUAGAACUUGAAGGCCUUUACCAAAUGGGAGCCGCGCUGAAGGAGCAGGGUCGGCUGGAGGAUCACCGGUGGCCGUCCACCGAUGACGACUUCGCCGAUGCCAUCACCACGCCUAUCAUCGAGAAAAAAGAUUUGGUAGCUCCUGAUGAGCCGGAGAAGAAGCCUCUGUUCAAUUAUUUGCUCGAUACAUUCCAAAGCAAGUUCUAUCAAAGCGAAAACAAGAGCUCAAGCCCAGACCAGACCGAGCGUUCAGUUCACGUGCAAGAAUUCUACCGCUCAUUAUACCCGUCCCACGACGUUUCCACUUCGUACUAUGGCUACGAUCGGUUCUCGAUCCCCGACAGCGGCGACGCGAGUUCUGGCCACGCCGCGCUCAAGUGGUACUACAUCCAGAACUGUCUAGAAGACGGUGAAUACGCUCAGGACGAAAUUGAAGUGGUCCAAAAGUGCGCCGAGGAGUUGCUGUACAAGGACACCCCUCUGAGCAUUGCGUGCCUGCUGCGCAGCGCUCAGACGCCGGCCGCCAUGAGCGCGCUGGUGACGUCACAGCAGCCGGCCGCCGCCGCGCUGUACGCCGCGCUGGUGCGCUGCAACGCGCCCGAGCUCCGCGACUACGUGUACCUCGCGAGGCCGGCCGAGAUGGCGCGCACUACCCUAAAAGAGAAGAACGCUUCAGAAGAACAAAUGGAAGUGAUAAAGCAAUGUAUAGCGCGGCUCAGUGGCAUGGGGGAGGUAGACCGGCUGCGGAGACUCGGGUUCCAAGUCAACGGACUGCUGUACAACGCUGACGAGGACUAUCGAAACGAGAUGAUUUACAGGGUCGCUAGAUCAACGGAGCCGGAACACAUCCGAACUGCGCGCGCGCUCGGCACCAAGUACGGGCUGGACGAAGUGGAGCUGUGGCUGCAGCACGCCGCCGCCAGUGCGCAGGGCUCGCCGCCGUUCGCUGACUUGGCGGCCGACGUGUUGCCUACAAGCAGACCCGAUGCUCACACUCGUAUAAAAGACACGCUAUGGCCACUGAUACGGGGCAACGACCACUCGGCCUUGAUCAGCUUCUUCUCAGUUCUGCGCAGCGUGGACGAGAAACCGCUUAUAUAUGGCCUGACUGCAGCAGACCAUAUCAAGCUGCUUAAAAAGGCUAAGGCGGCUUCUACAGAACUGGACUACAAGAUGCUAAUGGAACAAUCACCCUCGCUGGCCGACCACCUGGUGGACAUAAUGCGAGUGGAGACGGUGGGCAUGCUGGGCAAGUUCCUGCGCGCCCUCCCCGCCGCCGUGGCUACGCCCCUGCCGCCCAACCAGCUCUACGCCAAGUGGCUCACGCGACACUUGUUCUCUGUGCCCGAGGGCGCCAGUAACAAGAAGUGGAUGCAACAGUACCGACAGUGCGCCAGCUACUUCAACAAGCUCAGCAAGGCCGACCUGCUGUGUUUCUUGCGAAAGGCAUGUUUCUCGCAGGAAGCUAUAGAGAGGAUUCCCGCCAGCACUCGCAACCUGAUGCUGCUGCAGGCGGUGGACUACUGCCAGCAGGAGCAUGACCACGAGAUCAAGGUCAGCAAAAGUGAGCCGACGUGGUGGAGCCAAGUGGGCCAGGAAGUGAGUCUGUGGGCUCGUUUCCUGGAGAAUUUUCAUUCGCCCCCCGUCCAGAACAUUAUCGAUAGUAGUGACGUGCCACGUUCGAUUGUUUGGCCCGACAUCGAGAUGAGUUCCGGCGAUCGUUCGCGCCUGUCGCUCGAGAUCGGCCAUCUCUUACUCUCGUCUCCGGGGGGAGUGAGACGCACUGUGUUGACCGCGUUGCUGAACUGUCUCCACGCCGACUUCCCAGUGGAGUAUGUGUUUGAAAGGCUCGCUGAAACCGUCGAUGAUCCUCACGAACUCCAAAUCCUAGUGGACCGCAUGAUUCAAUACCACAAGGAGGGCGCGAAAUUCCCCGUAGACCUCCUCGAGCGGAUCUCGGCCAAAGCGGCCUCGGCCGACUUGCCGGCGGGCGCGCAGCUGGCGCUGCUGGCGCUGCGGCCGCGGGACCCGCGCCGCGCGCCCGCGCCCGCGCCGCCCGCGCUGGCCGCCUUCUCCGCCGGCGUGCUGCGCGCACAGUGGCCAGGCCUUGAGCUUGUCAGGGACCUCACGGAUGACAUGUUAAUGACGGAAGAAGGCCGCCGCUCGGCGGUGGCGGCUUGCAGCGCUAGCGCCACCUCGUGGCAGCAGAAGAAAGCGCUUAUUGAGCUGCUCAGCUGCUGGCCACACCAGCCAGACAGUAACGGUAAAAGUAUUCAGUACGAGCAUCUGGAGUCUCUGCUUAAGAAUCCAGCCGAGCAGAAACAGAACUUGGUGCUCAUCAAGCUUUUGCUUACAAGUCCCGUGCUCACUGAUGAGGAGGUGAAGUCAUUGUCAGAAAAGGCUACUUCAGAUUCGAUCAUCAACGUUCUUUGGAUAAUCCUGUUGAACAAAGGAGACAAUAUGCAGGAGAUGGUCUUGAAUUUGCUGCAACAACACAAGGAUAAAAAACAGAAGCAAGAAAUGGACGACGAACUCAUUAAAGAGUUAUUAGACAGCGGAAUGUUUAUGAAACUAGUUUCCACACCGGUAUACUGUUCCAUCAUCAGCUACAUCAUAACGCAUGCUGGGGAUCCUGAACCGAACCCAUACACCGUAGAAUGGGCCACUAGUCAACUACUCAACGCUAACUACUUAGCCGAAGCGGGUCAUCUUAACCUCCUAUCUAUUGGCGUGCCCUCGGCUUUGCGCGGCUUCACACAAUCUAUACUGUAUUGCAAAAAUAUGCUUCAAAACUAAUGUGUAA